AUGAGCGCGCUGGGCAGCACAUUCAGCGGCAGCCGCAUUGCGUUCCGGCCUGCUGCAGUGGGCAAGGCGGCAGCUCGUCCCGUGGUGACGGUGGAGGCCAAGCGCGUGUGCCAGCUGACUGGCAAGAAGCGCAACAAGGCCAACGUGGUGACCUUCUCCAACAAGCACAACCGCAAGUGGCAGGAGCCCAACCUGCAGCUGAAGAAGAUCUUCUGGGAGCAGGGGCAGCGGUGGGUCAAGCUCAGGAUCAGCACCAAGGCCAUCAAGACCAUCGAGAAGAACGGCCUCGACACGCUGGCCAAGGAGGCGGGCAUCGACCUGUGGAAGCUGCCCUUUGAGGACGCCCGCCCCGAGCGGCUCGCUUACCUCGAGCAGAACAAGGGCAAGGUCCCUGUGGCCGCCAACACGCGCGCCAUGAAGAACGCGGACAAGCUGGCGGCCUCCACCAAGAAGCCGCGCUACCCCGUGUACGAGGAGGGCGGCCGCAUUGUCUGGAUCAAGCCGGGCAUGGAGGAGGUCAUCCUCGGCAGCGGCGCCGCGGCGGCCGAGUAG